GAAAACUUUAUAACAGUGUAUACUUAUAAACUUUAUAUGUAAUGGCAAACUCUAUAUGUAGUGUAAACUUUAUAUGAUGUGCAAACUAACUUUAUGUGUUACCUAAUAUGGUAAAAUGCUAUGCAGUUGUCCCAUGAGGAGGUAUUUUAAUCCAUGCCCUCUGUUCAACAUAUAACUAGCCUUAAGGAUGUCUGGGGGUGAAACAGGGUCGUAAGCAAAAGUGAAGAAGUGUCUCAAACGAGUUCCUGUGUUUGUUUCCCCUGUCUUGCAAUGAAUUCCUCAUUCCUUGUUUAUAUCUGUUUUGACCUCUCUAUGACUUCCUGCUGUCCUCAUUUCACCUGGCUUUAACACAUUGGGGGUUAAAGUUUCAACACUUCCAUCUGUCUUUACCCAGUUCCUGUUUUACUAAGUUCCUGAUUUACUACAUUGCCCAUAUGUGGCUUCUGUUCCUCUGGAAUGUGGGCUUUAGCUUAUCUGCCCAUCCAGCCCCCCAGAGUGACAGGUCACGAGUUAUUGUUGAACUGUGGACUGACAAAGAUGCUAUAAAACCUAUGCGCAAUUCUCUCUCUGUGCGCACUCUUUCAGAAUACUCUGUACUCCGUAAGACCUGUGCCUUAUUUGAAGCUUCAAAUAAAGAUCCAGAAAGACAACUCUGUUUCCACCAUUUUAUUGAUUGAUCAUUCUGAUUGUAUAUCUCCUGAGUAUUGACUAGGUCUAAGAUUUCCAAAACAGUUGGCGUUGUCGGCAGGAUCUCUGCAAGAUUCUCCUCUACCUCGACAGAAAACGUACGGGACGAGGGGACCAGCGCCGGAGGUGGAACCGAUUGACUUCACGAGAUCCAACGGACUCAAGGGCCCUCAAUACUCGGCGUGAGAGACCCUCUCCUCGACCAUGGUUUCCCAUUUCCCCCACCUCCUCCAGCCGCUCUUCCUCACGACGCUGCUGGGCCAGAGGUCAACAUACCAGACAUGGCCGAGAUGGGAGCAGGUGAAGAAACAGCUGCAGAAGCAAGACAAGAAAGAGUCCGCCUGAAGCAAGAGAAGAAACGCCGCGACCGCAAAGACAAAGCCCAGCUGACCAUGGUCCAGGCUGUUACAACCACCUGGUCCAACCAAGCCCAGGGUGGAGCCCAGGGUGGAGGCCAUGGCAGAGGGAUGGUUUCAAAGGCCGUGGAGGUUUCAGAGGGAAAGGCAGAGGACGAGGAGACAACCAAAACGGCAACAACGGGGGUUGUUUCAACUGCGGUGAGAUGGAUCAUUGGAUUGCUGAGUGCCCACAUCUCACCCUAAAAACAAGGCUUCUGCACCAGCUACGAACAAUGACAAUUCUUCAAACUGACAUCAAUCGAGGGAGGGGGUGGAGGAGGAGGGAAUUCGGUCGGGGGAGACGGAACCUCUGCCUGCUGCAUCUAAUCAGGGAAGUGACACACACACACACACACAUCAUACAAGCUAUUGAGAGAUUGGAAACAUUUGGGAAAUCUGUUGUUAAAGAGGGUACAUAUUUAAAAUAUGGUACUGAUACAGCAUUUAAGAAGUUUCCUACUCUGGUUUUAGCUAUAAUGGGUGUUGAUGUUACAUUUUUGGUUGAUUCAGGAGCUACACAUUCUGUAGUAAAAUUGGCAGAUUUGCCUGGUUGUAAAUUUAGUGGUAGAUUUAUUCACUCAAUAGGAGCGGCUGGAGUAACUGUAAAGGAGAAGUUUUCUGUACCACUUCAGUGUAAAGAUAAUGGUGAUGCCAGUCAUCCAUUCCCCACAUCAGUCAAACACAGUUUCCUUUUAUCAUCUGUCUGCCCAAUAAAUUUACUGGGCAGAGAUCUGAUUCUCCGGUUGGGCUUAGACCUCAUUUCCACAACUGAGGGUCUCGUAGUCCGACGGCCAUCACCUGCGAUGGUUCAAAAACUUUCAUUUGAUGAUAAGCAUCUGGUGAAUGUGUACGAAUGGCAGCUAACAUCUCUUGAUUCUCAGGAGUUGUUGCGGUUGACCCAUCAGCGUGUUUUUCCACCUGCGGUGUUCAUGAAAGCUUCUCAUUUGCAUUGUACUGCUAACGUUGUUGAAGAUCAAUGUAAACAUUAUGAAGAUAGUUUUCUGUUGGAAUGUGUGAAUGAUGAGCUCAUGCUUAAAGCUAUGUAUCGGAGUGCGCUGCACAGUGCUAUUUCUGUUACACUCCCACCCACACAACACAAGCUGUAUCAAAUCCCAGGGGCGGUCCCACACAUUUCACUAGCAAGGGGGCCCACCGCUAGAUGGAGGGAUUUGGAUCCAAUCGUUAAAGACUGGGAAUCUAUUACUGAUUGGACUAUCACUGAUGACCCGUUAAUUGAGUAUUCCUCAUCACGUGACGUGUUUAAGUACAUCAUUAACUGCUCAGUUCAUGCACUGCGUUCUCUGAUUCUCACAGGCAAUGAUGAUUAUGUUAACCCCGUUUCUAGCUCACAAAUAUGAUGUAGGUUUAAUCCGCUCUGCUGAGCCUGUAGUUAUUAGUUAGCCACAAGGCCAGUUUGUCUAAACUCCAAUAUGUACAAAGAACAGUUACAUUUUUGGGUCAUGUCAUUUCAGGAGAGGGGAAAACGCUUUCAGAUAAGCGUAUUGCAUCAUUGGCAGCUUUGCCAAAACCUGUCACUAAACGACAAAUGAUGUCAUUUUUAGGUAUGUGUUCAUACUGUAGGUCAUUCAUUCCAAACUAUUCUCCACUCGAACUGCCACUACGUAUUAUUACGCAUGUCACUGGUUUGAAACCUACAGGUCACCUUAUAUGGACACCGGAAGCCAAUCAAGCCUUCAUUAACAUGAAGCUGGCUCUCCAAUCCCCACCGACGCUAGGUCUACCUGAUCACACUAAACCUUUCACUCAGGCAGUGGAUGAGCGAGAUGGGUGUAUGACCUCAGUUCUCCUUCAGGAUCAUGGGGGAAAACAGAGGCCUGUUGCCUAUUUCUCCUCCAAGCUAAAUCCUGUAGCUGCUGGCCUGCCAAAAUGUCUCCGUGCGGUUGCUGCAGCUGAAAAAGCUCUCAACUCCUCACGUGACAUUGUUGGUUAUGCACCUUUGACACUGUUGGUUCCACAUGCUGUGUCUCUCAUCCUCUGAACAGAGAACAUCACACCUCUCUGCUGCACGUUACCUGAGAUAUCACACAUGCCUGUUAGACAUGCCUAAUGUCCAUGUUAAAAGGUGUAAUACCCUGAACCCUGCCUCUCUCAUGCCUCUACCUCAAGACGGUGACGAACACGACCGAGCUGCUCAUUGUGUGCACACCAAGACCUGACUUAAAAGACAUUCCACUGACCAAUUCUGACCUCAUUUUGUAUGUUGAUGGGUCUGCCUCUCGCGACCAAGGGGGCACUAAUCGGGUGGGUUUCUCUGUUGUUUCAGAUUCUGCUGUACUCUGUUCCGGCCCACUCCCAUGCCACCUCUCAGCACAGGCAGCAGAGCUCAUCGCACUUACAAAAGCCUGCACGUUUGCAAAGGGCAAAACUGUAACUAUCUAUACUGACUCACGAUAUGCUUUCGGGGUAGUACAUGAUUUUGGGGCUAUUUGGAAGUGUAGGAAAUUUCUGAAGUCUGAUGGCAAGCCAGUACUUAACCAUGUACUCAUUGCAGGCCUAUUGGACGCCAUUCUGCUCCCGUUUGAGGUUGCAGUCUGUAAAUGUGCCGCACACACAAGCAGUACAGACUCUGUUUCCCUAGGAAAUGCGUCUGCUGACUCAGCUGCAAAGGCAGCUGCUCUGAUUCCUCUUGCACCCCACGCACACUCAUUUGUCAAAAUUCCUGUUUCUUCCCUGACUGAUAACGGGGGGUUACGUAUUGUAACCCUAGUUAUAUAAACACAGGCGGAGCCCUCUACUGGACUCU